AUGCAAGACUCUUUGAACCCCCCCAUUGAAAUACCUGAAGACGAUAGAAUUGAUGAAUAUUUAGAGGAUUUCGAUAGGCAAAUCACAACAGAGGUCCAGCGGGAUUUAGAUAAACCCUUUGAAUUAACAGAGUCGGAAGUGGCAUUAAAACAAUCAAUCAAUAAAUCUGUACCUGGUGAAGACGGGUUUCCCUAUUCUUUUUACAGUUCUCAUUGGGAUAUGGUCGCCGACAGUCUAUUGAAGGAAGCAAAUCAAUUAAGAAUAACAGGAGUAUUGUUCCCGAUGUUUAAUAAAGUAUUAAUAUCGCUCAUCCCAAAAAAAGAGUCAUCCACACGAAUAGAUCAACAACGACCUAUAUCGUUGACCAAAGUAUCAACCUCGGAAAAAUAA